GAACAGAUUUCGACGGAUUUCGUGUUCAAACGGAUCGACUUAAAGCCAGAACCGAUUGCGAAAUGGAUUAUAUUUGUGAGCAUUGCUGUCGGACUCGUUAUAUUGGCUAUCAUUACAAUAAUACUAUUAAAAUUUGGAUUCUUUCGGCGAACGAAACCACAAACUGAAGACACGAACGAAUGGGUGACACCUAAUAGUGAUGACCAACAAAUUGAGAGAAAUUCAUUGCUGGAAGUGGAAGAACUCAAUGAUAACGACUUUGGGGACCAAAUACAACACGUCAAUAGUAGUAAUCAAACAAAUGGAUUAAAAUCAUAACAAUUAAACAAAAUAAAAACGUAAAAAUUGACAAAAAAAUCGCGUUUAUUAUUACAUUUGAAAAUAAGUAUUUCAAAACUCAUUCAAAUAAUUAGUAC